AUGGCCUACUCGGGUGGCGGCAAGAUGUCGGCGGUGAACGCCAUUCUCGCAGAGGCGGUGGACCUGAUCGCACUCGAGCAGAUUGCCAAGCUAAACACCGCUCACGUCGCCGACAACUCCGCCCUCCCCUCCAGCCUCGAGCCCUGCUUCUGCAAGCUCAAGUCCCUCCCCGCCGCCCCCUUCGCUGCCGCACCAGUCAGGAUCCUCGAUCGCAGCGUCACCGCGCCGCACCCCCACCCUGCCCGACCCGCCGCGACCGCGCCCUCCACAUGAGCAGCCGCCCGCGCCGCCCCCGUGGCCCAAGACGAGCAUCCACCGGGAGACGCGGCGGCGACGUAGGUGGCCGAGAAGAAGGGCGACUCCUCGCCACCAUUGCCGCAGCAGCCGGUGCGUCCACCGGCCACCAUCCCCGCGACUCACGGCGACGACGAUGACGAGGACUUGGAGAGGCUGUUUGGGUCAGGACGGCGGGGCCGGCCGAUGCUAUGGGAGUGGAACAGGGGGCGGGACGACGGCGGCGGCGGUUCUCCCUCACCACCGCCGCCACGCCAGGCGUGCUGCUUCGGAUUCUCCCCCAGGAAGCCCCUGCAGAGGACGCCGAGAAAGGAAUGA